GAUGAGAUGCUGCCAGGUGUGUGGGACGGGCUGGACCCCACGGCGGAACUGAGUUCCGGCCGCCGCUCCGCAGCUCCAGACUUGACCGCCCCGACGCCCUUGGGAGAGCCUCUCGCGCGCAGCGAUGGGCAGCGUGCUGUACCCAGCCCUUCGUGGUUUUCCUGAAAGGGGCCUCUUCACAUCUCUCAUGCCUCCCCUUGCUUAUUAAGCUGUUUGAGAAACCUUUUGCUGGUGGCUUUCUAGAAGAUGACCAUAGAGGACCUUCCGGAUUUUCCAUUAGAAGGAAGUUCGUUGAUUGGAAGAUACCCAUUUUUAUUUCAAGGUUCUGAUACACCAGUUAUCUUUUCCAUUUCUGCAGCACCAAUGCCUUCAGACUGUGAGUUUUCUUUCUUUGAUCCUAAUGAUACAUCAUGCCAGGAAAUUCUCUUCGAUCCCAAAACUUCUGUAUCAGAAUUAUUUGCCAUUUUAAGACAGUGGGUUCCUCAGGUCCAGCAAAAUAUUGAUGUUAUUGGAAAUGAGAUUCUUAAGAGAGGUUGCAACGUGAAUGACAGAGAUGGAUUGACAGAUAUGACUCUUUUACAUUAUACCUGCAAAUCUGGAGCUCAUGGUAUCGGUGAUGUUGAUACAGCUGUAAAAUUUGCAACUCAACUUAUUGAUCUGGGAGCAGAUGUUAGUUUGCGGAGUCGCUGGACAAAUAUGAAUGCUUUGCAUUAUGCUGCUUAUUUUGAUGUCCCUGAACUUAUAAGAGUGAUUUUGAAGACAUCUAAACCAAAAGAUGUGGAUGCCACUUGCAGUGACUUUAAUUUUGGAACAGCUCUGCAUAUUGCUGCAUAUAACUUGUGUGCACGUACUGUGAAAUGCUUAUUGGAGCAUGGAGCAAAUCCUGCAUUUAGGAAUGACAAAGGACAGAUCCCCGCUGAUGUUGUCCCAGACCCGGUCGAAAUGCCCUUAGAAAUGGCCGAUGCCGCAGCAACUGCUAAAGAAAUCAAGCAGAUGCUGCUCGAUGCGGUGCCUCUGUCAUGUGAUCUUUCAAAGCCCUUGCUUCCAAGUUACGAUCGUGUUACUAGCAAGGUGAUGCUGACGUCACUUGGCCUGAAGCUGGGGGAUCGUGUCGUUAUUGCAAGACAGAAGGUUGGAACAUUAAGAUUUUGUGGAACAACUGAAUUUGCAAGUGGGCAGUGGGCUGGCAUUGAGUUGGAUGAACCAGAAGGAAAAAACAAUGGAAGUGUUGGGAAAGUCCAGUACUUUAAAUGUGCCCCCAAAUAUGGUAUUUUUGCACCCCUUUCAAAGAUAAGUAAAGCAAAAGAUCAAAGGAAGAAUACAGCACACACUCCUUCUACAAAAGCUGUACCUCUCGUCAGGUCCCAGAAAAUUGAUGUAGCUCAUGUAACGUCAAAAGUAAAUACUGGAUUAAUGACAUCAAAAAAAGAUAGUGCUUCAGAAUCAACACUUUCAUUGCCUCCUGGUGAAGAAUUGAAAACUGGAGCAGAGAAAGAUGUUACCCUGCUUGCAUCCGUCAGCAGCUCCUCCUCUACAUCUUCUCUGGAGCACCAACAGAGUCACUCCAAGAAACUGAAUGCAAGUGGCAAUAACAAGAAGACAAUGAGCAAAAGCCCUUCUGUCUCAUCUAGAGCCAGUGCCGGUUUGAAUUCCUCAGCAACAUCUGUAGCAAAUAAUGCACGCUGUGAAGGAGAACUCCGCCUUGGAGAUAGGGUGUUGGUGGUAGGCCAGAGAAUUGGUACCAUUAAGUUCUUUGGGACAACAAACUUUGCUCCAGGAUAUUGGUACGGGAUAGAGCUUGAUAAACCCCAUGGCAAGAAUGAUGGUUCAGUUGGAGGUGUGCAGUAUUUUAGUUGUUCCCCAAGAUAUGGAAUAUUUGCUCCCCCAUCCAGGGUACAAAGAGUAACAGAUUCCCUGGAUACUCUUUCAGAAAUUUCUUCAAAUAAACAAAAUCAUUCUUAUCCUGGUUUUAGGAGAAGUUUCAGUACAACUUCUGCUUCUUCCCAGAAAGAGAUUACCAGAAGAAAUGCUUUUGCCAAGUCAAAGCCCGCUCUGCGCCGCAGCUGGAGCAGCAGCACCACGGCCGGCGGCCUGGAGGGGAGCGUGAGGCUGCACGAGGGCUCCCAGGUCCUCCUCACCAGCUCCAAUGAGAUGGGCACCGUUAGGUACCUGGGCCCCACUGACUUUGCCUCAGGGAUCUGGCUUGGACUGGAGCUUCGAAGCGCCAAGGGAAAGAAUGAUGGGGCAGUGGGAGACAAACGCUACUUCACCUGCAGGCCGAACCAUGGGGUCCUGGUGAGGCCCAGCAGAGUGACCUACCGGGGAAUAAACGGGUCCAAGCUCGUGGAUGAGAAUUGCUGAGUUAAACUUCUGCAGUAUUAGAUGAGCUCAUACACACACACACACACACACACACACACACACACACACACGCAUAAUGUAAAAUAAAGAGUCCAAGGCAAAUGGUUUACUUUAUUUAGCUUUUAGCCGUUAUUUAAAAUUUGAAAAUAGAGCUAUCUUCAUGAAAAUCAUUAUAACAAUUCAGAGGGACUCCUUUAAAAAGCUAGAAAUACGAACUGUGGGAAUCAUGGUUCUCUUAAAACAAUCUCAAAAUAAGCCUUUUUUUUUUUUUUUUAAAGAUUUAAAGCUUUAGACCCAAGAGAAUUCUGAGACUUGGGAAAAAAUGUGCCAUUAAGU